AUGUCGGUUCAAGCAAGUGUUCGUGCGGCUGGAAUGGUCAUUUAUCGAAAAACCUCUGCCGGUUCACCGUUCGAAUUCCUUCUCCUACAAGCGUCAUAUCCGCCCUACCAUUGGACACCGCCAAAAGGACACGUUGACCCGGGAGAGGAUGAGUGGACGGCUGCGAUCCGGGAGACACAAGAAGAAGCAUACAUCACGAAAGAGCAACUCACCAUACACGAGGAUUGUCAUAAAACGCUGUACUAUAAGGUUAAAGGAAAGAUGAAAUCCGUAAAAUAUUGGCUAGCGAAAUUGAACGAUCCCUUCGAUGUGACGCUGAGCGACGAACAUCAAAAUUGGAAAUGGGAACCACUUGAGGAAGCCGUAAAAACGACGGUCUAUGCUGAAAUGGCGACACUUCUGCGGGAUUUUUCCGAUUAUUUACUGAAGAAAGCU